CGCGCGGGCCAUUUUCUAUACGAAAAAGUGUAUUUUAGUGAAGAAAAAUGUCUGAAUCUGCAGUUGCAACGGCCGCUUCCCCAGUGGCUGCCCCGUCAGCGCCAGUUGAGAAGAAGGUGGCCACCAAAAAGGCAUCUGGAUCCGCUGCCCCAAAGGUGAAAAAGGCUGCUGCCCCGCCAUCGCAUCCGCCAACUCAACAAAUGGUGGACGCAUCCAUCAAGAAUUUGAAGGAACGUGGCGGCUCAUCGCUUUUGGCAAUCAAGAAAUACAUCACUGCCACCUAUAAAUGCGAUGCCCAGAAGCUUGCUCCAUUCAUCAAGAAAUACUUGAAAUCGGCCGUGGUAAAUGGAAAGCUGAUCCAAACAAAGGGAAAGGGGGCGUCUGGCUCAUUUAAACUGUCGGCCUCCGCCAAGAAGGAUCCGAAGCCGAAGCCUGCGUCUGCUCAGAAGAAGGUGAAAAGCAAGAAGGUAGCCGUCAAGAAGACCGGAUCCACCGCCAAGAAAGCUGCCGCCGGAGCUGACGACAAGAAGCCCAAGGCUAAGAAGGCUGUUGCCACCAAAAAGACCGCAGAGAAGAAGAAAACCGAGAAGGCGAAGGCCAAGGAUGCCAAGAAAACUGGAACCGUAAAGGCGAAGCCAGCAGCAGCGAAGGCCAAGUCGACCGCAGCGAAGGCAAAGGCGGCGAAAGCACCAAAGGCCAAGCCAGCGGCGUCUGUUAAGCCUAAAAAGGCUGUGAAGAAAGCAGCUGCUCCUGCUACUGCUAAAAAGCCGAAAGCCAAAACUACGGCGGCCAAGAAGUAAAUUGUGCAAAAGUACAGUACCUGGUACCUGCUCGCAAUCGCUAUUUUAGAUUUCGAAAUCUGAAAUUAGUUUAAAUAAGCCCUUUUCAGGGCUACAA